GCUUGUUGCGUUUCAAUUGUGGCAUCACUGCUCUCACUGUUACUUAUUUCUUACUAUAUGAUUUUACAUGAUUUUCAGUGUGAUCAUCGAGAGGUUGAUUAGUUGUUCCGGUAUAAUUUUGCAAUUAGGAAUGUACAAGAAAGAUGAGUGAACGUGCUUGUAGUAUCGUUACAAAUGGUUCUCACACUGAUAUCGUUUUAAAAUCAUACAGCAAUCGAACAUUGUUAAUUAUAACACAUUUCAAAAAAUUUGGAACAUUAUUAACGGUAAACCGUGAAUCUUCUGUGAAUGGUUACAGUAGUGAUAUAUUCACAAUAAAGACUCUCUUUGGUAAUGAAAACAAUGAUGCUCAUGUAGCUGCUAGAUACAUAGCGCAACAGAUUGACAUUGAAAAACCAUUGCUGCUAUCAAUAGCGCUUAAAGAUUACGACUUAAAUACUUUAAAAUCUAUUGUUGCUGCUGUGAAUAAGAUAAAAUCAUGUUAAUGUAAUAUCCCAACCACACACGCACACACCAUGAGUUUAAUUUUUGGUCAACUUGUUAUCGGCCCGCCUGGUAGUGGGAAAACAACAUAUUGCAAUGCAAUGUCCAAAUUUCUGGAAUCCAUGGGAAGAAAAGUGGCUGUUAUUAAUAUCGAUCCAGCAAAUGAAAACAUGGAGUAUACUCCAGCAGUAGAUAUAUCUGAAUUAAUUAAACACGAAGAAGUCAUGAAGCAUUUUAAACUUGGACCAAAUGGAGCUUUAAUUUAUUGCAUGGAGUUUCUAGAAACUAAUGUAAAAUGGCUUAUCACAAAAGUUUUAAAUUUAAAAGAUCACUAUCUUAUUUUUGAUUGCCCAGGUCAAGUCGAAUUAUACACACAUCACAAAUCGAUGAGUCAAAUAGGAGAAAAAUUGAACCAGAACUUAGUGAGAUUAUGCAGUGUGCAUCUUGUAGAUUCACAUCAUUGCAGUGAUCCUGGUAAAUAUCUAUCCUCUCUGAUACUUUGUACAACAGUGAUGUUACAAAUUGGUUUACCUCAUGUGAAUGUUAUGACAAAGUUUGAUGAAAUGAAAAAGUUCGGUAGUUGUUUAGCAUUUAAUAUAGAUUUUUAUACAGAAGUACUGGAUUUAAAGUAUCUCUUGGAGCAGUUAGAUGAAAAUCCCUUUACCGCAAAGUACAAAAAACUUAAUUCUGCAUUGGUAUCUCUAAUUGAAGACUACAGUCUUGUUAGUUUUGUACCGCUAGAUGUUUCUAACAAAGCAUUAUUAUUACAAGUGAAAAAUGCGGUGGAUAAAGCAAAUGGUUAUAUUUUUGGUGGUAAUGAGCCGCAAGACAUUCAAACGUUACUCGCGUGUGCAGUAGGGACUGUCAGUGAAACCGAAAAAAUGUCAACACUAGAUGAGUAUUUAUGAACAUUUUAAUUACUCAAUAACUUUAAUAUACACUAGUAUUACAUUAUAUUUCUCGACAUUUGUUAUGUUUAC